AUGUCGUCCAAAGGAUCGAAGAUGACGAAUAUCAUCAACUACCGUCUCCGUAUCACCUUGUCGGAUUCGCGUACAUUGACGGGUCAAAUGCUUGCUUUCGACAAACAUAUGAACUUGGUGCUCGCUGAUUGUGAAGAGUUCCGCAAGAUCAAACCAAAGGGCAAAAAAGCAGACCAAGAAGAGCUUGAACAGAAACGAACACUUGGCUUGGUUAUCCUAAGAGGCGAGACGAUUGUCAGUAUCAGCAUAGAUGGCCCCCCUCCUCCACAAGCACAAGAAUCAAAGUUACGAGGACCUGCAAUGGCAGCAGGCAUGGGUAUUGGCAGACCAGCUGGACGUGGUUUGCCUGCAGCUCCUCCUCCUGGUGCUCCAAUGACUGGUUUGGCAGGUCCUGUAAGAGGUGUUGGUGGUCCUUCUCCACAGAUGAUGCAACCAAGACCUGGUGGUAUUCAAGCUGGCCCUGUUGCUUAUGGUCGGCCACCUAUGCCUCCACCUGGUCAAGGCCCUAUGCCACCUGGAUUCCGGCCACCACCUGGUAUGCCACCACAAAACUUCAGACCUCCACCACCUGGAUUUCGUCCACCCCCACCCCCACCAGGCGCUCCAGGCAAUUUCAGGCCCGGGAUGCCUCCAUAUCCUCCUCAAGGCGGUCCUUAUGGUAGACCCCCAUCGUCACAGUAA